AUGACGAGACGCACUCCUGUCCGCAGAAGUGCCCUCAGUGUUCUUUUGGACGAUGCUUCGAGUUUUAUUCAUGCGAGCGGCAGCAAUGAUGAUUAUGGUUCUGGUACGGAAACAGAGUCUGGUCAACGGCGUAGCUUGCGAGUAGCCCAACGGGCACAACCAUCAAUGGGAUCUGGAUGGAAUGAAUCUGGUAGACGCUACAGUCUUCGAGUCGCCAGAAAAGAAGAACCAGAACAACAACGGUUUUUGUCCAGUGGUGUUGUCGGAGUGGUUUCUUCGUCGUGGUCGUUGCGAAACGAAGGCGCACUUCAUCUACGGCGAGAAAGGACAGCAUCAGAGGAGGAGGUCUCUGAUAGCAAUUCUAUCGACAUUGGCACUGACAUUGACAUUGACACUGAUUGGAGCCCCUCCAGUGAUCUUGAAAGUCGUCGCAUGUCAAAUGUACCAUUAUCUUUGGAACUUUACAGGGCUCGGGCCAUUUACUUGGCCAAGCGUGAGCGUCGUCGCCAAGUGGUCGGGCAGUUGCUAGUCCAAUGGAAGCAUCGUGAGUGUCUUGAACAACACAGAUUGAAGCAAUCCAUGGUGCUGAAACAAGUCAAGGACCAAUGGAGUCAACGCGAAUGUCGUGAGCAGCCCAAGUUGGAGCAAUCGAAGGAAUUGGAACCAGUGGAGAGUCAAUGGAGUCAACGUGAGUGUUGUGAGCAACACGGAUUGAUGCAAUCCAAGGUACUGGAACAAGUGAAGAAUGGCUUCAAUGGGAUCGAGCUUAGUCGAAAGAAGAUCGACGACUGGCUCCAGCGCCCCAUGGGUAGAAAGCAGUUCAGACAACUGACGAAGGCGAUCAAGAUGUACACUGGGAAAGAUUAUGCAAUCAUCAAUUCCUUUCUUCGAAGUGGAAGGAUCCAACCCGGGAAGGAGAAAUACAUUGGCAUCACUCAGCAAGCCAGAAGGGCGUUGAACGUUGGCCUUCGCUGGGAGAAGCAUUUGAAGGUUUUUGACAGCGACAAGACAUUGUACCGGGGAUCGGGAAGCAUCCCAAUGAAGCUGGAAGUCGGAGGUACUUUGUGCGACAAGGGUUUCUUUAGCACGAGCCAAUCGGAGCUCAAGGCUUCGGCCUUUUUGAACACGAUUGAUCGUUCCCAAACAAGAAUCCUUUUUGCUAUCAGCAGACAUUGCAGUGGCGUGGACGUCUCGGAGUUUUCAAAGAACAAACAUGAAGCUGAGGUUUUGUUUGCUCCGGACACUAUGUUUCGCGUGAUUGCGGUUGACAAGGAGAGAAUGGUGGACGGAGUUGAGGGCACUGUGACAGUUGUGGAGAUCCAAGAGAUGGAGCAAUCCAAGGUAGUGGAAAAGGUCCAGAGCCAACAUGAGUGUCGUGAGCAACACAGAUUGAAGCAAUCCAAGGUGCUGGGACAAAUCAAGGACCAAUGGGAGCAACGUGAGAGUCUCGAACAGCACAGAUUGAAGCAAUCCAUGGUGUUGGAUCAAAUCAAAGACCAAUGGAAGCAAAGCGAAUGUCGUGAGCAGCCCAAGUUGGAGCAAUCGAAGGAAUUGGAACCAGUGGAGAGUCAAUGGAGUCAACGUGAGUGUUGUGAGCAACACGGAUUGAUGCAAUCCAAGGUACUGGAACAAGUGAAGAAUGGCUUCAAUGGGAUCGAGCUUAGUCGAAAGAAGAUCGACGACUGGCUCCAGCGCCCCAUGGGUAGAAAGCAGUUCAGACAACUGACGAAGGCGAUCAAGAUGUACACUGGGAAAGAUUAUGCAAUCAUCAAUUCCUUUCUUCGAAGUGGAAGGAUCCAACCCGGGAAGGAGAAAUACAUUGGCAUCACUCAGCAAGCCAGAAGGGCGUUGAACGUUGGCCUUCGCUGGGAGAAGCAUUUGAAGGUUUUUGACAGCGACAAGACAUUGUACCGGGGAUCGGGAAGCAUCCCAAUGAAGCUGGAAGUCGGAGGUACUUUGUGCGACAAGGGUUUCUUUAGCACGAGCCAAUCGGAGCUCAAGGCUUCGGCCUUUUUGAACACGAUUGAUCGUUCCCAAACAAGAAUCCUUUUUGCUAUCAGCAGACAUUGCAGUGGCGUGGACGUCUCGGAGUUUUCAAAGAACAAACAUGAAGCUGAGGUUUUGUUUGCUCCGGACACUAUGUUUCGCGUGAUUGCGGUUGACAAGGAGAGAAUGGUGGACGGAGUUGAGGGCACUGUGACAGUUGUGGAGAUCCAAGAGAUGGAGCAAUCCAAGGUAGUGGAAAAGGUCCAGAGCCAACAUGAGUGUCGUGAGCAACACAGAUUGAAGCAAUCCAAGGUGCUGGGACAAAUCAAGGACCAAUGGGAGCAACGUGAGUGUCUUGAACAACACAGAUUGAAGCAAUCCAUGGUGCUGAAACAAGUCAAGGACCAAUGGAGUCAACGCGAAUGUCGUGAGCAGCCCAAGUUGGAGCAAUCGAAGGAAUUGGAACCAGUGGAGAGUCAAUGGAGUCAACGUGAGUGUUGUGAGCAACACGGAUUGAUGCAAUCCAAGGUACUGGAACAAGUGAAGAAUGGCUUCAAUGGGAUCGAGCUUAGUCGAAAGAAGAUCGACGACUGGCUCCAGCGCCCCAUGGGUAGAAAGCAGUUCAGACAACUGACGAAGGCGAUCAAGAUGUACACUGGGAAAGAUUAUGCAAUCAUCAAUUCCUUUCUUCGAAGUGGAAGGAUCCAACCCGGGAAGGAGAAAUACAUUGGCAUCACUCAGCAAGCCAGAAGGGCGUUGAACGUUGGCCUUCGCUGGGAGAAGCAUUUGAAGGUUUUUGACAGCGACAAGACAUUGUACCGGGGAUCGGGAAGCAUCCCAAUGAAGCUGGAAGUCGGAGGUACUUUGUGCGACAAGGGUUUCUUUAGCACGAGCCAAUCGGAGCUCAAGGCUUCGGCCUUUUUGAACACGAUUGAUCGUUCCCAAACAAGAAUCCUUUUUGCUAUCAGCAGACAUUGCAGUGGCGUGGACGUCUCGGAGUUUUCAAAGAACAAACAUGAAGCUGAGGUUUUGUUUGCUCCGGACACUAUGUUUCGCGUGAUUGCGGUUGACAAGGAGAGAAUGGUGGACGGAGUUGAGGGCACUGUGACAGUUGUGGAGAUCCAAGAGAUGGAGCAAUCCAAGGUAGUGGAAAAGGUCCAGAGCCAACAUGAGUGUCGUGAGCAACACAGAUUGAAGCAAUCCAAGGUGCUGGGACAAAUCAAGGACCAAUGGGAGCAACGUGAGAGUCUCGAACAGCACAGAUUGAAGCAAUCCAUGGUGUUGGAUCAAAUCAAAGACCAAUGGAAGCAAAGCGAAUGUCGUGAGCAGCCCAAGUUGGAGCAAUCGAAGGAAUUGGAACCAGUGGAGAGCCAAUGGAGUCAACGUGAGAGUUGUGAGCAACACGGAUUGAUGCAAUCCAAGGUACUGGAACAAGUGAAGAAUGGCUUCAAUGGGAUCGAGCUUAGUCGAAAGAAGAUCGACGACUGGCUCCAGCGACCCAUGGGUAGAAAGCAGUUCAGACAACUGACGAAGGCGAUCAAGAUGUACACUGGGAAAGAUUAUGCAAUCAUCAAUUCCUUUCUUCGAAGUGGAAGGAUCCAACCCGGGAAGGAGAAAUACAUUGGCAUCACUCAGCAAGCCAGAAGGGCGUUGAACGUUGGCCUUCGCUGGGAGAAGCAUUUGAAGGUUUUUGACAGCGACAAGACAUUGUACCGGGGAUCGGGAAGCAUCCCAAUGAAGCUGGAAGUCGGAGGUACUUUGUGCGACAAGGGUUUCUUUAGCACGAGCCAAUCGGAGCUCAAGGCUUCGGCCUUUUUGAACACGAUUGAUCGUUCCCAAACAAGAAUCCUUUUUGCUAUCAGCAGACAUUGCAGUGGCGUGGACGUCUCGGAGUUUUCAAAGAACAAACAUGAAGCUGAGGUUUUGUUUGCUCCGGACACUAUGUUUCGCGUGAUUGCGGUUGACAAGGAGAGAAUGGUGGACGGAAUUGAGGGCACUGUGACAGUUGUGGAGAUCCAAGAGAUGGAGCAAUCCAAGGUAGUGGAAAAGGUCCAGAGCCAACAUGAGUGUCGUGAGCAACACAGAUUGAAGCAAUCCAAGGUGCUGGGACAAAUCAAGGACCAAUGGGAGCAACGUGAGUGUCUUGAACAACACAGAUUGAAGCAAUCCAUGGUGCUGAAACAAGUCAAGGACCAAUGGAGUCAACGCGAAUGUCGUGAGCAGCCCAAGUUGGAGCAAUCGAAGGAAUUGGAACCAGUGGAGAGCCCAUGGAGUCAACGUGAGUGUUGUGAGCAACACAGAUUGAUGCAAUCCAAGGUACUGGAACAAGUGAAGAAUGGCUUCAAUGGGAUCGAGCUUAGUCGAAAGAAGAUCGACGACUGGCUCCAGCGACCCAUGGGUAGAAAGCAGUUCAGACAACUGACGAAGGCGAUCAAGAUGUACACUGGGAAAGAUUAUGCAAUCAUCAAUUCCUUUCUUCGAAGUGGAAGGAUCCAACCCGGGAAGGAGAAAUACAUUGGCAUCACUCAGCAAGCCAGAAGGGCGUUGAACGUUGGCCUUCGCUGGGAGAAGCAUUUGAAGGUUUUUGACAGCGACAAGACAUUGUACCGGGGAUCGGGAAGCAUCCCAAUGAAGCUGGAAGUCGGAGGUACUUUGUGCGACAAGGGUUUCUUUAGCACGAGCCAAUCGGAGCUCAAGGCUUCGGCCUUUUUGAACACGAUUGAUCGUUCCCAAACAAGAAUCCUUUUUGCUAUCAGCAGACAUUGCAGUGGCGUGGACGUCUCGGAGUUUUCAAAGAACAAACAUGAAGCUGAGGUUUUGUUUGCUCCGGACACUAUGUUUCGCGUGAUUGCGGUUGACAAGGAGAGAAUGGUGGACGGAAUUGAGGGCACUGUGACAGUUGUGGAGAUCCAAGAGAUAGUCUAG